AUGACGGAGAACAGAAGGACUUGGAAGGUGCUCUCUUUGUUGUGGAACCGUGACUUGGACCUCGAGCAGCUCCCCACCGCUGAGUUUGCGCACCUGUCUGGCAGUUUGAAACGGAUGAAGAGGGAAUGGGUUGUUCCAGCAAUCAGCUUUCCAGAAAAUGACAGGGGUCCAUAUCCUAAAUUGAUGGUGAAGAUAAAGUCAAACAAUGACAAAAAGGUGUCGAUAACCUACAGCAUCACUGGACCCGGUGCUGAUCAGCCCCCCGAGGGUGUUUUCACUGUAGAUCGGCGAUCUGGAGUGCUGUUUGUGACCCAGCCACUGGACAGGGAGGCUACAGCCAAAUACAGCCUGUGGGCCCAUGCACUGCACGAGGGCAUGAAGGCUGAGGAGCCCAUGGAGCUCGUUAUCAAUGUCAUUGACCAGAAUGACAACACUCCAAAAUUUACUCAGAACCGUUUCUAUGGCCAAGUGAGCGAAAGUGCCGACAUGGGUGACUCCAUCAUAAAGGUAACAGCCGUGGAUAAAGAUGACCCAAACACAAACAACGCUGUAAUAAGGUAUAGGAUAAAGGCCCAGACGCCCACAGAGGACAUGUUUGCCAUAAACCCAGUGAGUGGAACGAUCAGUGUGAAGGCAGGCGGACUGGACAGAGAGACUCACCCAGAGUACAAGCUGACCAUUGAAGCUGCUGAUAUGGAGGGGGAGGGGCUAUCAACCACCUGUGCUGUCAUAAUCAGCGUCACUGACAGCAACGAUAAUGCUCCACAAUUCACUGUCACAUCUAUAUCCGCAUCAGUCCAAGAGAAUGAAGUUGGAGUGGAGGUAAUAAGACUAAAAGUCACUGAUGAGGAUGAGUUAGGAUCUCCAAAUGCCAACACCAGAUAUUCAAUAAUCAAAGGCAACGAGGGAGGACACUUCAACAUCUCCACGGGCUCCAGUAAAAUGGAGGGAAUCCUCAAAACAGCCAAGGGGCUGGAUUUUGAGAGCGUUCCUGUCUUCACCAUGCUGGUGGUGGUGACGAACGAGGUGUCGUUUUCUGGAUGGGUGUCAACCUCGACAGCCACGGUCACCGUAACAGUCACGGACAAGAACGAGCCUCCUGUCUUCAGUCCGGCAGAGAUCCAUGAAAGCAUCUCAGAAGAUGCGGAAACAGAGAGCUCUGUGGUCGACCUCAGAGCCAGGGAUCCAGACACAGCCAGGAAACAGAGCGUUAGAUAUAAACUACAUAAUGACACUGCCAGUUGGUUACGUAUUGAUAAAGACUCAGGAUCAGUCAAAGUUAAAAACAACAUGGACAGAGAAUCAUACUAUGUCAAAGACAGCAAAUACACAGUCCUAGUUUUGGCUUACGACAAUGAUACCAUCCCGGCUACAGGGACGGGUACUCUGGUUGUGACUUUAAUAGAUGUGAAUGACAAUCGUCCUGUGAUUAAGCAGAGGAGAGCCAGUCUAUGCAAUAGUGAUCCUAUUCCUGCCCUGCUGGAUAUAGUGGACUUAGACGGACCUGGUCAUGCAGGACCGUUUACUGUGGAGCUUCAAGGAGAGCACAGGAUGAACUGGACUAUUAGUACCAAUUCCACAAAUGAUGUGGCAGCACUGGCUCCGAGACGGGAGUUGUCACCUGGGGAGUAUUAUGUUCUGAUGCGAAUCUAUGAUGUCGGCAUGUUGUACCAAGACAGCACACUGGACGUAGAGGUGUGCCAAUGUCAAGGGGCUGUCUCUACCUGCUUCAUCCCACAUACUGCACUUCGUCUGCACGGUUCUUCCCUGGCAACCUCAGUUCUGGGAGCAAUUUUUGGUCUUCUCUUACUGCUCUUACUGCUGUUGCUGUUGCUGAGAAGAAAGAGGAGAUCAGAGAAGGAUGUCCUUCUUCUCGAAGACGAACCCAGAGACAACAUCUUCUACUACAACGAAGAGGGAGGAGGUGAAGAGGACCGGGAGUAUGACCUGAGCCAGCUCCACAGAGGGCUUGAUAAUCGUCCUGAAGUCUUCUGCACUGAUGUGUUUCCUACUGCCCAGAGCCGCCCAUGCUACCGCCUACAACUCCAAGCCAAUGAAGAGAUUGUCAAAUUCAUUGAGGAUAACCUGCAUGCUGCAGACAGUGACCCCACCGCUCCUCCUUAUGACUCUCUUUUGGUGUUUGACUAUGAGGGUGCUGGUUCAGAAGCAAGUUCGCUCAGUUCAAUCAACUCCUCAGACUCAGAUGAGGAGAAGGACUUUCAGAGCCUGGCCCUCUGGGGACCCCGUUUCAGCAGGUUGGCUGACCUGUACACGGGCGGGAUAGACGAGGACAACGACACUGAAACCCUGCCAGGAAAAACAGAAUGGGUCUGA